GUUCAGGGUUUCAGAGAGUUUAUUACUUCUUCUUCUUCUUCUUCUACUUCUACUUCUGCUUUUACCAAAAUCAUCAUGGCCCCCGAUGCGUCUGAUGCCCUCGCAGUGAGACAGAAAGUUGAACAAUUUCUGAAUGCUGCUCGUACCGGCAAUCUUGAUCUCUUGAAGAACUUGUCGGGGCAGCUUGAUGAGGGGAAGGGGCUGGCGACAACGGUGGCGGAUAUCAAGGAUGCCAACAAACGAGGGGCCCUUCACUUUGCGGCCAGGGAGGGGAAGACUGAGGUUUGCAAGUACUUGUUGGAAGACUUGAAGCUUGAUGUUGAUGCAAAAGAUGAAGAUGGUGAGACUCCUCUUAUUCAUGCUGCUCGGCAAGGACAUACUGGAACUGCCAAAUACCUUCUUGAGUGUGGUGCCAAUCCUGCUAUUCCUAGUGACUUUGGGGCCACAGCACUGCAUCAUUCUGCCGGACUAGGAGAAAUUGAGUUGCUGAGGAUUUUGCUUUCCAAAGGUGUUGAUGUUGAUUCUCAAAGUGAUGCUGGUACUCCUUUAAUGUGGGCUGCUGGUCUUGGACAGGAAGAUGCUGUGAAAGUUCUUUUGGAACACCAUGCUAGUGCAGGUGCCAAAGUAAAUAUUAGCGCUGGUGGAGCCACCCCUUUGCAUAUUGCUGCUCAUAAUGGGAGCUUAGAAAUCAUAAAGUGUUUGUUGAAAGCUGGAGCUGAUCCCAAUGCCACUGAAGAGGGUGAGAAGCCAAUCCAGGUUGCAGCUGCAAGUGGCAAUCGACAAGCUAUUGAGAUUCUUUUUCCAUUGACAUCAAAAGUUGAAACCAUUCCAAAUUGGACCGUUGAUGGAAUACUUGAGUACAUGCAGUCUGAACAUAACAAAGAACAGGAAGAAACCAGAAACUCAAAGGAAGUUAAUGUGCCGAAGGAAACCACACUACCAAAGCAAGAUCUCCAUGAGGUGACGCCAGAAGCAAAGAAGAAAGCUGCAGAAGCAAAAUCAAGAGGAGAUGAUGCUUACAAAAGAAAAGAUUAUCAUAUGGCUGUAGAUGCUUAUACCCAAGCAACCGAUUUUGACCCCACUGAUGCUACUUUGCUUUCCAAUCGGAGCCUUUGUUGGAUGCGUUUGGGUCAAGCUGAGCAUGCCUUAGCUGAUGCAAAGGCCUGCCGAACGUUAAGACCAGAUUGGUCAAAAGCUUGCUAUAGGGAGGGCGCAGCUUUACGUUUAUUGCAGAGGUUUGAAGAAGCAGCCAACUCUUUUUAUGAGGGAGUGAUGCUUGACCCUGAAAACAAGGAGCUUGUAAAUGCCUUCAGAGAAGCUGUUGAAGCUGGGAGGAAGUUCCAUGGUUCUGAUCAGGAAAAAUCAUAGUUUGCCAUCUGCUGAUAUCCCGAAAGUUGUCACAAGAGGAAUGAAGGACUUGAAUGUGCGGACAAAGCCUUCAAGGGGGCCUCCUCGUCUGAGAAACUGGGUGCUUACUUUCUUUUUUGUUAUUUAUACCAUACAUAAAUUAUGGGGUAUAAAUAGAAACUGUAUUUUAAUAUAUAUAUAUAUAUAUAUAUAUAUAUAUAUAUAUAGUUGUAACUGAGAAUUGUUUGCAAUUUUGGCAUAAUUUUGGCAUAAAUUUCAUUAGUUUUUACAGCCUCCAAUAAGACUUUGACACAUCAACUAAAAAUGAAAGCAGCCAAUCCGGCACUUUUGUAUUUUCCCGUAAUGGUAUAGCCAGAUUUA